AUGCUUAAUGUCAUUUUUAUUUUAAAAUUAGGAAAUCGGUUUAACCAAUACUCAUUAGUAUUCGGGCAUGCCGAUGGUGGAACUCUUAGAGAACUUUUGAAAGAUAAAUUUCAAAGUCUCAAAUGGGUCGAUAAAAUUUCCUUGGGUUCUCAAUUAGCCAGUUCAAUAACAUGUUUGCAUGAUGAAGGAAUUGUGCAUGGCGAUUUGAACUCUCAAAACAUUUUGAUACAUCAAAAUAGUAUCAAAUUGGUUGAUUUUGGACAAACAAAGGAAGUAUCCAAAGAAUUGAGUAAUAUGCCUUACAAUGAUCCAAAAUUGUUUAAUAGACGAGGAAAUAACGUAUCAAAUAAGAAGAAUGAUGUUUUCGGUGUUGGCGUGCUUUUAUGGGAAAUAUCAAGUGGCACCCCUCCUUUUAAAGAUGAACCUUAUGAUUCUUAUUUUGAUUUUCAAGGUCGCAGAGAAGUACCUGUACCGGGUACACCUGAAGAUUAUAAAAAAAUUUAUACCGAAUGUUGGGAUGAUGAAACUAAACGUCGUCCAGAAAUGAGAGACGUGUAG